UUCUUAUUGCACGCCUGACAUUCCUGCAUGCUGGAGACAGUAGAAAUUCUGUUUUAAUAUGUCCAGCAGAUUAUCCCAACCACACUAACAGAUUCAUUGUGCAGUGUUCUCUUGUUCUACAGAAGUGGAGCAGCGCACUAAAUGAGUUCCUUUUAGAUGUACCUACAAGAGUAACCCUUGGUGAUGUACUUUCAAAAGCCAUAUAUUUCCACGGUGCUGAAUCAAGAAAGUCUAGUACCUCUGAGGAAGAGAUGGAAGAAGAAGAGGCCGAUUCAUCUGACAUUGAUGUUCUCAUGUCUGAUGAUGAAACAACGUUCACUACUGAGUGGGAGCUGAGGCUGUCUCGAAAGAAGAAGCGGUGGCUACAGAAGGAGGCUCAGGUGAGGCGUGAGAUGAAGAAAGCCAAGUUGUCUUCUACAGGUGCAGAAAUUCAAGGUGUCUUUCAAGCCUCGAGCCAAGAAAAGGAAGCUGUUCGACAGAUAUUCAGCACGUCUGCUGCAUCCGGUAUUCUUACUAAUGACUUGGUGAAGAUCAUGGAGAGCGAAGAGGUGACAGGUAUUAGUGCAGAGCCAAUUGAUGACAAUAUCUACCAAUGGUGUGUAAAAUUCAGCAAGUUCAUAACAAUCAGUGAUCUCUCAAAAGACCUUGUACAAGUGCAGGAGAACUUUGGCUAUGAUUAUAUUCAGCUUCAGUUGGACUUUGCCAUAGAUUUGUAUCCAUUUUACCCACCUCUGCUCAAGGUCAUCAGACCGCGGCUGCAGGGUUCCAUGAUGCAACGCGUCACAAACAUGGAGUUACUGAAGCUCUCGUUCUGGAACCCGGCAAAAGACAUGAUAACAGUUCUUCAGGAGAUCAAGAGCUUCUUGGAACACUGGGCUAGGCUGGAUUGUAAGUGUGAAAGGAAUGACUACAAGAAGUAUCCUCUUGGUGCCUAUGUCGAUAUCGAACACCACCUUCUGCGUCUUGCACUGGUUAGUGAGGUGUGCCCUCGUGCUAAUACCAAGUAUCAGCUGCAGACGCCCGUGCCACCUACCAAACCUUCUACUUCAAAGGAAGAUGCGGCUGAUCCUUUAUCUCCCAAACCACUUUGGAAGAAGGUUGGGUGCUUUUCAUUUGUCUCUCAGCAAAAAGACUAUUGGGCUGCAGGAACAGGUUACGGUCAUGCGAGGAGGUCCGGAUGGGAUGUGGGAGCUUACUUGGCUGCGCAGAAGGAAAAAGACAAGCAGAUCGAGUCCGUUCUUCAGAAGUUACACCAAGAAUUGAAAAGAUUUAACAGCAUAGACAUCAACGUGCUUAAAGUCACCAUCAAGGCCAAUGUUUCAGACAGAAAAUCCGAUGCCCAGCCUACAGUAUCACGAAUGGCGCUAGUGGAACCAAAACCCUCUGUGUCUCACAGCGACAGCUAUGAUUUCGUUGAUCCAGUGGAGGACAUGUUUAAUAUUAUUGAGGGAUCAGCACUGGUCCCUUUCAUGGAGUUGUAUCUGAAGGCAGACUCGUUUAUGGAGAUAUGCCGACACACCUCACUGUACAAAGCAAUCCUAGACAUAAUCAGAGAAAUUUGUGCACAACCACAACUGAUCCCUGUGCUGUGUCAGCUGAGCAACCAAUCUGCAGACGAAUCCCUAUAUCACCUGCUACACAGGCUAAAGGAGAAGGCGUCGUCGUUGCUCCAGCAGCUAGCGAAGACGCACGCGAACGGAAGCGUGCCCAAGCCGACCAAGAAGCCUGGCAGCGGCUCACCCCGUCCGCCCAAGCACAGAGAGAAGCACGGGCCAGUGUUUGUCGACUGGGAGAUGCUGGGAAACGUCACGGAGAAGACAGCCGAGGAACGGUUGGCGAGGGAUUUUGUAACCAUCUACCGUGACAUGCAAGACGCACUCCAGAAGCACGGCUUCCUGGCGCCCUCUGGUGAGAGUCAGAUGUCGAGCAGCAAUAAUAGCGAGGAGGUGGAAGGUGUUGAGAUGCAGGUGGAGAACGAGGUGAACCUACAGUCACCAGAGGAGCAGUUGGCAACGAAGUACAAGAGAGCCCUGAGACCUCUCCAGUUUGACUCUCAUGAGACUGAGCUCGAAAAGCCGAGGGCGCACAACUAUGCGACUCUGUUUACGAAAACGGCUCCUCCCAACCCAGCACAGGUGAUGCGUAUUGCACAAGAACUGCUGUCACUCUCCACCUCUUUGCCCUUGGACCUGGAGUCGGCCAUCUUUGUUAGAACAGAUGAUGAUAAAAUAAACAUGAUGAGGGCACUAAUAAUAGGACCCGAAGGAACACCAUACUCUGGCGGCUGCUUUCAAUUUGACAUAUUCUUUCCUGCCACAUAUCCCAAAGUACCGCCGUAUGUGAAUCUGCUGACGACUGGCAACAAUUCCGUACGAUUUAACCCAAACCUGUACAAGUUCUGAUCUCAAUCCAGUCGAUGAUAUUUGUGGCUGAGCCGUUCUUCAAUGAGCCAGGCUACGAGCAGGAGAUUGGUUCUGAGGCAGGCCGAAAACACAGCGCCGAAUACAACCAUGAGGUGCAAAUAAACACAGUUAAAUGGGCAAUGGUCCAUCAGAUGAGCAACCCUAGUCCUGGCUUUGAGGAAGUUAUCAAGACACACUUCAGGCUGAAGAAAGACCGGAUUCUGCAGGAGGUUGAAGGCUGGUAUGCCACGAACAAGUCAUCGCGUCUGGAGAGACAGCUGCAGAACCUCAAGUCGGAGCUCGCAAAAUUCAACGUCAUAGAGUGAGGGAAGUGAAGUGGUGGAUCCUGUUAAGAAAUUUGCAACAUUCUCAAAGGUGACUGUCGAAUAGACCUGGAUGACAUUGCCAUGUACUGCGACAAACAAGUGGCCUCCGUUGCUG